AUGAACCUUUAUACUGAUGACGACGCCAUCAUGUGUCACGUUUUCCCCACCUCCUUGAAGGGUCCUGCCUUGAUUUGGAAUACCCAGCUGCCUACGAGGUCGAUAAGCACCUUCAAUGAACUGUCGAGGCGAUUCGUCGCUCAGUAUGCCACCAACCGUCCACACCAUAUCACCUCGACCGCCCUAGCCAACCUCCACCAAGGUGACACAGAGUCCCUUAGGAAAUUUAUGGAAUGCUUCGCCAGCGUGUCCGUAAAAAUUUGGAACCUCAACCUCGAAGUCGCACUGCACUCCAUGCUCAUGGCACUCAAGCUAGGCCUUUUUGUCGACAACCUCUGCAGGAAACCGCCCAACGACAUGGACGACUUGUGA